AUGUCGUAUUCAACCUCUCAAGACGUCUUCUCGGAGGACCCCAACUACUCCUCCGUCUCGGGCACACAGAGCUCUGCUGCUGCUGGAGGCGGCAAGUACAGCAGGAAGGACUACUGGGACCUGGACCAGAUACUGCAGGAUGAGCAGCUGAUCGACUGCCGACUUAUCGACACUGCCUACGGGUUGGGCUGGAUGAAUAGUCAGGCGGCUGAGGUCCAUUCCUAUCAACAGCAACAACAACAGCAAUCAGAGGGAGAUGACGAGAAUAUGAGCCAGGCUGAGAAUAAUGACAGGGCAUCGACGGGUCAGUCAGGGGCCGCCGAUGGCAACCAUUUGCCAGCUGACUGCAAACUAUCCCUUCCAAUGUGGAUUGCCGAGGGCCUCUAUCUACGUCGCUUCGUGGAGAUCGAAGAAGUCCCAUCGAUAUUCAAUGCGAAGAUGCAGGGCUUGAUGACUUUGGAAGCAUCAGUCAUGCGGCUAGACCAGAAGAGCUUCUACUACUUCGAAAUUGGCAUGCGGUUGGCGGCUCUCCUCGGGUUACACUCACUGAUGGAAAGACUCCUGAAGGGGAUGUUCGAACGAGCGAGGAAUAUCUUCGAUGUCGCCCAGACCCAAAUUGUGGGGGCUGACCAGGAGAAGAAGAUGCAGGUUCUCAUGGACUUCAUGACGAGGAGCGAACGAGAGAUGUUCCAUCAAGGAGUUAUGGUGGCUGCGGAGUACGAGCUCUUCCGCAAGGGGGAGCUGUCAAAGGUCCGUCAAUCGGCAGUCCACAUCGCUCCUCGACGAGAAUAG